GGUCACAGACAGGCAGCCCUCCUUGCGCCACUUUCUCGCUCCAGGCACAGCCGCCCCGACACUCCGAGCCGAGCACCAUGGCCCGCACCGCGCUCCCCGCCCCUGCUCGCCUCCUCCGGGCGGCGCUGCUUCUCCUGCUCCUGGUCGCCGCCGGCCGGCUCGCAGCAGGGGCGCCGGUGGUCUCUGAACUGCGCUGCCAGUGCGUGAAGACCGUGCAGGGAAUCCCGCUCAAGAACAUCGAACGUGUGAAAGUGAUGUCCCCGGGACCCCACUGCGCUCAAACUGAAGUCAUAGCCACUCUCAAGAAUGGGCAGGAUGCUUGUCUCGAUCCCGCAGCCCCCAUGGUUAAAAGAAUCAUCCAAAAGAUCCUGAAUAGUGGCAGUUCCAACUGACCUUGGGGGAAGGAGGAAGCUUACUGGUGACUGUUCUGGAAGGAGACCCUGCACUUACAGGAACUGAAGAGGAAAAAGAGAAAUAGUCAGCUCCUCAAGACACCUGGACUAGGUUUAUGUCGCAGAGUCUCUUAGGGCAGUUCUUUUAUUUAUUUAUUUAUUUAUUUAUGUUCAAAGUGUCUGUUAAUAUGUUACAUGUAAAAUAAUUACAGUUGUGGCUGAAUCUACUUACACACUUUACCGUUACUUUUAUUGCUUGCUUUAUGUCAACUCAAAGUUGACUGAGUCUUAUUUAAUUUGAAAGUAAAAGGUUUUGAAUGUUCUCUAGUUGUUAAUAUUUCUGGGGAGCUCACAACAUGGCAGCCACUGUGAUAGAGGCCUGGAGCAAAUAGUCAAAUCAUUGUUAGGGUACGGAGAUGUGUGUGUACAACUAUUUUCUAUUUAGAAGGUCAUUUGUUAUUUAUUGAAACCUUUUACAAUAUGUGGUUAACAUUUCUUAUGUUGAAGCUUUAAGAACUACUAUGUUCUAGAUACUUCUUGGACAUUUUAUGUCUUCUUUGUAAGGUGCAAUGCCUUGUUUAGUGUUAAUUAUGCAUUGUUUAUGUCAUAAAUAUUUAUCGAUGUUUUUACAAAUAACAUGAAAAUAAAGUAUUUCAAAAUAAACUUUGUUUCAUUUGUUGAGGGGAAAAAAAAAAAGAA